GUCGUGUCGUAGCCGGUUGAACGUUGAGCUCACAUCAGUUUCGGAUGGAUCGCGCAGUGGUCAGCUAUGGAAAUGAGUUCAAGUUGUUGGAUUUUCGCGUUGAUAUAUUUUUUCGGGAUCAUGAAUUCAACGCGUGUGGGACUUUGCCGUGCCAAGCUAUGGAUGGUUCAGAAGGAAAAUGUGUUCCAGUGGAUGACUGUAGGUGGAUCCUGUCAAAGCCGGCACUCUUGAAUGAUGCCUUCGAAAAUAGUGCGUGCGGAUUCGGACCUGAAUUGGUAUGCUGCCCCAGGUGGCAGAAUGCCGAAAAUUGUGGUCAAACUCUGAGUUACUCAGAACCUGAGCGUUUUCCAUGGGUUGUGAGUAUAGCUUACCGCGUAAAGAGAAGAAUUUUUUACCAGAGGUGCACCGGAUCGUUAAUUAACAGCCAAUAUGUGCUGACGGUUGCGCAUUGCAUAGCAGACCUAUCAUUCAGAUGGAAAUUAUAUAGUAUUCGUGUCAAAAGAGAUGAAAUCUAUAAGGAUUACGGAAUACUUCGGAGCAUAGUUCACCCAAACUACAACCGUUACAAUCUAAAUAAGGACGACGAUGUGGCUCUUUUGAAGUUGGCCGAUAGAGUCGAAUUCGAUGCGCAUGUUCAACCAAUAUGUUUGACGAGGCAAGAUGAUCUCCAUAGCGCCCUACUUGAAGGACAAAUGUUUACCAUAUUCUCGAGAGGACCGCCCAGAGCCGGUUACGUGCCACACAACAAACAUCCGAUCAUGCUUCCGUUGAGAAAUUCUUCAGUUUGCGAGAAAAUAUACAGGGAUAUUCGAUUAGAACUGUCUAAAUCGCAGCUAUGCGUAGGAGGAGAGCCAGGAAAAGACUCAUGUCGUGGAGAUUCUGGAGGUCCACUGAUGCUGCAUUCAAUGAAUCGCUGGUACCAGGUAGGCCUUGUUAGUUUGGGUUCGGAGCAGUGCGGAGGAAGGAUUCCCGGUAUCUAUGUCAAGCUCGUCGAUUAUCUAGACUGGAUCGAGGCAACCGUUGAUGUGGUUGACUAGGGAUGUCUGGUCUACUGCGGUGAGCUGUGAGCUAUGAGUAGACAUGAGGCGAGUCUUGAACAAAUGCCAAAUAAUCAUCUUUGCGUUCAUUGACAUACCUAGAUCAUGCGGAUUUCAAUUAAAAUGUCGCAUAUAUAGAUUUAAGCGAACCACAAUGUCAAUAAAUUUGCGAAUUGAUGUUUUCGCAAUUUAUGAAGAGGUAUCAACAACAGUUCACUGCCACGAUGAGCAUGAAACCAAUUUUGAAUAAUCGUAAACAUGGAAUGCAUCCAUAAAGCUGAACCACGCGUCAGAAGUACAGGACGCACAGCUAGCAAAAAAUGUUGCUAAUUAAAGCGAUUCACAUAAAUAAACAAGAGCGCACAGAAGUGUGUCCGCUGCCAGGUGGUGACAAGUGCAAACUGUUCUUGGAAAAGCAACUGCCAUUUAUUCUAAUCCAACCAGAAAGAUGUUCUUGUUCUGCUCGAGAUCGAGCAUAGCAAAACUGGUAUCCACCAGUAGUGCUGGAAAGCGUCGCGAGACAGACAAAGCACUGUUGAAUAUUUAUGAGAAAGAUGACAAACAAGGGAUAAUGUCGAUAAUGUGAGAGUGCCCGGGUUGGUGCAAAUGGAUGAUGGUGAUGGGGAUGAUGGAUGGAUCUAAACGAGCAGAGCAGCACGCACUGGUAGGACCGCUGCAGAGCGUAGAAAUUAUGAAAAUCAACAUUGAAUGAAGUGAAAAGUGAAUGAACUAUGGCAGUUUGUACUUAAAUACUAGAAUUAAGAUAACAAAGCGGUAACAGGAUUACGGCACUUGAUGAUCCAUGGUGUCGUUUAAAUCUUAAUCAAUAUAACUUCAUGUAAAUAAAUAAUUUGCUGUUCUAACGCGUACUCUUCACUUUAAGUUCAUUGUUAUUCACUUGAUGUUAAAGAUUGAUCUACAUUCGAAAAAUAAAAUACUCAUCACUAUCAAUUAGAGAAACCGGAUUCGACUACCAAGAUUCGUUUUUUUUUUCGAAUCGCCUCAAUUCUUUC